AUGAAGUUAUCAUCAAUUUUCAUUCAAGGUUUACUGUUAUCAGGCAUAAUGGCUUCACCAGUUGCUGAUUCUAAUAGUUUCAAUGAUAAUCCUACAAUUGAAGGUGCAUCACAAGCUACAAAGCUUUGUUUUGACGCUAACAAGAGUGAUAUAUGCUCUGCCAUUAUCGUUCAAGGUUUAUUAUCAUUAAGUGUUAUUGCUUUACCAACUGCUUUUCCAGAUGCUACAGAAAGUUUGAUUAAUGCUGAAAACUCUACGUUAUUGUCGUCAGAUAAUUCCACUGAUUCAUUUAACAUUGAAGCUGGAGGUGUAGGAAACCUUUGUUUUAAUGCUAACUCUAAGAAAAAUGUUUGUCAAGGUAGUGUCAAAAAAUGUGUCGAAAUUCGGGCUGUUAACUAUAAAGGAGAAAAAUCUGGUGUUGAAGAAGCCACUAGGCUUUGCAGAUUUUAUUGCAGCAAAAUUAGAUCAGCUACUCAAUGUAAACAAAGCAAAUAUAAAGCUAAUUACCAUCCAAAAUGGGCUUGUGAUGAUAUACAAUAUUGUUAA